UUAUUAACAGCGGCAUUAAAUAUUCAGGAUACAGCCCCGCCGUCCGCCGUUCCCUCGUCCAUUACAACUACUCUUCUUUCUUCAGAGUCUGUUGGUCACGAGGUCCAAACAGGAAUCACCUCCCGUUCAUACAUUAUUGUUCUUAAAGGGGCACUUGGAGUGUCUUCCAUGUCAGUGUGUUACUAUUGCGUUUGAAAGCACGUCACUUCCUCUUAAUUGUCUUAAUCGAGAGUUUUUUGGGGACAAACUGCAUUGACAACGCUGAAGAUCUCAGGAUUGAGUUUCCAGUCCCGAUGUCAAAAAUACUUUUACUUGAUGUUGUUGUUUUUGAACAACUGCAUAAUGUCAGCAUUUUAUAUCCAACUAAUACGUCACUAUCAGAUUCCAAAAUGGAAGUAUUGUCGAGAUCUGUGGUCUAUUUUUUUUAUUUAGGACAGUUGUAAUGCGUUUCGCAGCUGUAAAAAAAAAGCAUUUUCUUUUAGAAAGGAAAUCCUUGUGUGGACAAACGAUACUGAUCGAUCAUAUUGUUCCCUGUGCGUUUAUCCAGGAGAAUGUUUCCUUUCCUGGGCUUCAACAUCAGUGUUCUGGAUCCGUCCGCCCACUACAACGUCUACGUGGACGUGGUUCUGGCGGAUCAGCACCACUGGAGGUACCAGGGCGGCAAGUGGGUCCAAUGUGGGAAGGCGGAAGGUAACAUGCCAGGAAACAGGAUGUACAUGCACCCCGACUCUCCCAACACAGGAGCUCACUGGAUGAGACAAGAAGUGUCCUUCAGCAAACUCAAGCUCACCAACAACAAGGGCAGCACCAAUAAUGUGGCACAGAUGAUCGUGCUUCAGUCGCUCCACAAGUACCAGCCUCGUCUUCACAUCGUGGAGGUGAAGGAGGACGGCUCCGAGGAUCCCUUCCUCUCGUCCAAAGCUCAGACCUUCAUCUUCCCGGAGACUCAGUUCAUCGCCGUCACCGCUUAUCAGAACGCAGACAUCACUCAGCUGAAAAUAGACCAUAACCCCUUCGCCAAAGGUUUCCGCGACAACUACGACACGCUCUACGCUCCACCCGACUCUGAUCGCCUCACCCCCUCCCCUACAGAGAGCCAGCAGCUGCUACCAGGAGGCUGCUACCCUCAGGGGUACCUCUCUGAGCAGUACAUGAGCCCCCUGUCCCAGGGCCGCUUCUUCAGCCGCGAGCCCAUGGCCGUGGGCCAGCAGCACAGAGACCCGUCCUCCAGCCCGGGUCCCCACAGCCGCUGGUACCUGCCGCCCCAGCAGGGCGUGGCCGCAAACCGGCUCGACUUUGCUUCCUCCUUCGAUGGGGACUUCUCUGGAAACGGCUUCUACAAACCCUUCCCCCUGCAGACAUCCGCUCACCACGCGCUCAGCUACUACCCGGACCACCAUUUUGCAUCGACGAGCGUGUCCGUCUCGGGCGCCGCCUCGGCGAGCUGGUCCACCAGCCGGCCCACCCCUCAGUACCUCGGCCACCCGGGCAAGGCCGCCCCGGGCCUGGGCUGGUUUCGGCCCUUGUCGUCCUCCUCGUCCUCCUCGUGCUCCUCCACGUCGCCGGGCAACCCCCGGCUGCACCCGCCCUCGCUGCUCGAGCCCCUGCAUCCGCCCCCGCUGCAGGACAAGUCCAAAGACACAGCGGAGGCGGCGGCGCAGGACCCCUGGCUCGAGCCCGCCUCCGUGAAAUCGGCGGCCUCGGCCAACUCUGGCCUGUUUGAGGGCAGCGCCGGGGACGCCAAGAAGAGGAGGAUGUCGCCGUACACGUCCAGCACUGAAAACUCCCCGGCCCCCCGCGGGGCAGAGGUCCGCGAGAAGGACAGCAACGUCGACGCAGACUACUAUGGCUAUUACACCCACUGAAACCCCAAGUCGCCACAAUGCCCCCCCCCCCUGCCCCUCCUGCCUACCCCUCCACACACCGGCCUCAUGAACACGUCUGUUCAGGCAGGUCAUCAUUAGGGGCUGGAACGGUCUUUGAUUCGGCUGCAGAAAGACAAACAAAAAACGUGCAGCCUCGUCUUCUGUCACAUCACAACCCCCCCCGGCACCCCCGGCCCCCCCGGCCCCUCCUCUUCCUACUCGAGGUGUCAAAUGAUUAUAGGAGAAACUUCCAGGUUUGCUGUCAAAGUCAAGGUUGAACUGAAGUGGAGGUGACUGGGGGAAACUGCCCUGCAGUCACACAAACACCACACGGACAAACAGACCUGCGACUUGUGGAAACAAGUGGAGAUUUGGGAAAGGUGCGUUGGGAGAGGGAGGGGGGAGGUGGGGGGGUGAUAUCUGCAUAUCUGCUUUGCUGACAGACGCCUGCAGGGAUUCUGUUCUUUCCGCGUCAAACACUCUCUUUUUGCUCCGUCUUUGUCUCCAUCUGUCUCUUCCUUCUCACCCUCAACCUUUCACACGUACUCAUGCAAUAUGCUGGCGGUCAUUUCACCCUGAUGAUUCUGAGCAGGAAUUACGUUUCUCACACACACACACAUACAGUUGUCUCUCCCAAUUCAGCUCAACUGGUUUCAAGUGCAGCGCCGACUGGUGGCAGCAGGGGAGCGAACCGAAGGCAGGAGGUUACGAUGGCUUAGCGAGCUCAUGUCAGCCGUGUGUGUGAAGUGAAUCAGUAUCCACAGCAGAGAGAACGACUCCUGAGAUAAUCGAAGAUCUUGACCAAAGAACUGGUCUCUAUGAGUUUUGAGUCUGGGACAACAAUCUGUACUUCAUAGGACCAGGAUGUUUGCAGAUCUGAGCUUUUUGAACUGUGAUGUGAUAAGAUUCAGUGAGACAGUUAAUAUUAAAAUGCCUAAUUAGAUGAAAUCUCAUCUCAGACCUCAGAGUUGUUUAAAGAGGGAAGCUAAUUAGAACAAUGUUUUAAAUUCAAGCAGAAAUAACAUUUGCAGGUUCUAUCCCUUUAAAAUGUGACAGUUUUCUGUUUGUCAUUAAUUAACUGAACACAAAAGACUUUUUUUUAACUUGUUGGUUCCGAGGCUUUUGAACGUGUCUCAAGGGCUUCUUCAGUGGAUGGAGUAGCCUGGUUGCCUCACAGAUGAUGAGCGUGACCUCGGUGUGGGACAUCGAUCAGGGGACAACAGGUGAACCUCUUCUUAAUUCAAAGAUGGCUUUUCUGUUCUCUGACUGGACGCCGCCCCCUGCUCAAUGGCCUUUGACUUCUUGGACAUUUAUGGAUAGGUUAUAUAAAACAUUUAGUUGUUAGAAUUGAAAAAAAAGGCCUCGUUAUAGCAAAAACACGGCUCUCUGCUGCAGUCAGUGGAUGCGAAAAUGCUCCUGUCGUCCCACACGUAGAGCCUGCAAUCACUACCAGCAUCAAUAACGAUGGACCCACAAACACCAAACAAGUGCACCCCAUCAGAAACAAAUUGCAGUAUUCAGAUCAUCCAAAAAGGGAGGCUUCCCUCUGCAGCAUCUUGCCGUGGUGCCUGGUGUUUUUUCCCGUGCAGGCGUGUUAAAUAAAGUGGGUCAUUCAGCCCGGCUUACCUGCACCUGUCGGUAAACAGACGGGUCCCUGUCACCCUCAGACCCGCCACAAACAGGAAGCGCAAAGUGACCAGACAGACACUCUGAAUUUCCUCCCGGGGUCUCCGGGCCAAUCAUGCCGUGACUCCGGCUGACACGGGACCCCGGCUCCCGGCCCGCUGACAGAAAUGAAGAGUGAGGCGGCAGUCGGCGCUGAUCAGAGAUCUGCUCCUCAUUCCUCAGCCAGGUGCGCUAACGGCCUCGGACAACACUGGAGGCCACAGACGGGCCACCCGCUCGCCGCGGCGCAGGGUCACUUUAGUCUUUAUUGAAGUGAGUGAAGAAAUUACAAAUAAAUCUGCCCUUGAUUCAUUGUAAUCGGUACCGGCAUUCUGUACUUUAGGAGAUGUAAUAGUCUCCAUGUUCAGUGAGUACAACCAGAUAACUAAAUAUAUGGAUACUUUGAGAAAGGGUGUCACAAUUUCUGGGGCAUUCUACUGUCAUUUCUGUACGCUAAAAUCAUAUCAUAGCAUAAAGAGUUAAAGGGGGGGGGGCACUUAGCCAUAACCCAUCAAAAAAGCACAAAUGGUCUUUGUAACACAAUUGGUGAAAACUCACAAUAAGUGUUAAUGUGUGAGUUUCGAGGUGUGACAGGCUCGCUGUGUCCAGUGUUCUGUACUCUAACCAGGACGUUGACACCACAAUAAGAUUCUUCCCAAAUGGUCUCAAUGGUGCAAAAUGAUCAGGACGGCUCAGCCCUGAUCACUCAAACAAGUCAAAUGAUGUGGAAGUGUAAAAGGAUAUAUUGUAUGUCGCUUGUGGAAAGUUUCAAAAAUAUCCAAAAUGUAUACUGUUUAGAGUUCAUGCUGUUUUUUUAAAGAAGGCGUACAACGGACUAUUCGGGCUUCAAGUGCAAUUAGAAGAGAGUAUUACGGGUUUAGUAUCAGAAGGCCGCGCUGCAGGAAGCGCUGAGAGCGAAGCUGUCGUGAUCUCGGGCCUGUUGACCACGUUCGGCUAUUUAUUUUAACGUGCUGUGGUUAAUCGGGGUGGUCCCCCCCCCCCGCACCUGCACACACGAGUGCAAGAUCUCACAUUAAAAACAGCAGAAAGGAAGACGCUCUCAGGACCGACCCCUGCUGGAUGUCUCUGCUCCCGCCGUCAAUCCCCUGAUGUUUGACCAUCCUCCGUUUCCCAUGAGCCUGCGUCGCCCUCCCUCCCCCUCAGCAAGAGAACACAAACUGUGGUUUAAUUAAGUUUAAUUUUCAGAGGUUUUACUGUAAAAUAAAGAAAUAGAGGAGUGAAGAAGGGACACCCCAUGAGGUUACAUGUAUGUAACAAGCAUGUCAUUUUUUUGUGUGAUCCAUGUGCACUGUUUAUGUCGAGGGAAGCAAUAAUGCUCCUUUGACACUUUGUUAAGAGAUUAUAAAAAGCAAAAAUAAAAGAUGGACAUUUCUGAA